CUGCCAAUGAGCAAUCAAUGCAGCUGCCGGCUGAGGUCUCCAGCCGGUCCUCCUCCUCCUCCUCUGCCACUUCCCCACAUAUAUAAACUCUGACUCCCCCCUACCUCCGCACUUUUGCCUUGUGUCUGAAUCCUCCACGUCGUUCGAAGGACAAGCAGACAAAAAUGCGUGAAUGUAUCUCCAUGCACGUCGGCCAAGCCGGAGCCCAGAUGGGCAAUGCAUGCUGGGAGCUGUACUGCCUGGAACAUGGCAUCCAGCCAGAUGGACAGAUGCCCUCUGACAAAACUAUUGGAGGAGGAGAUGACUCAUUCAAUACUUUCUUCAGUGAGACGGGAGCUGGGAAGCAUGUUCCUAGGGCCAUCUUUGUUGAUCUGGAACCAACUGUCAUUGAUGAGGUGCGUACAGGAACCUACCGCCAGCUGUUCCACCCAGAGCAGUUGAUCACGGGGAAGGAGGAUGCUGCUAACAACUACGCCCGUGGUCACUACACCAUUGGCAAGGAGAUCAUUGAUCUGGUUCUGGACAGGACUCGUAAGCUGGCUGAUCAGUGCACUGGUUUGCAAGGUUUCCUCAUCUUCCAUUCCUUUGGUGGAGGCACCGGCUCUGGUUUCACCUCCCUCCUCAUGGAGAGACUGUCUGUUGAUUAUGGCAAGAAAUCCAAGCUUGAAUUUGCCGUCUACCCAGCCCCCCAGGUUUCCACAGCUGUUGUAGAGCCUUACAACUCCAUUCUGACAACUCACACCACUCUGGAGCACUCCGACUGUGCAUUCAUGGUGGACAACGAAGCUAUCUAUGACAUCUGUCGCAGGAACCUCGAUAUUGAAAGGCCAACCUAUACUAACCUGAACAGGCUCAUUGGUCAAAUAGUGUCAUCUAUCACAGCCUCUCUUCGCUUUGACGGAGCCCUGAAUGUCGACCUGACAGAGUUCCAGACCAACCUGGUGCCCUACCCUCGUAUCCACUUCCCUCUGGCCACAUAUGCCCCAGUCAUUUCCGCUGAGAAAGCCUACCAUGAGCAACUCUCUGUGGCUGACAUCACCAACGCCUGCUUUGAGCCAGCCAACCAGAUGGUGAAGUGUGAUCCUCGUCAUGGUAAAUACAUGGCUUGCUGUCUUCUGUAUCGCGGUGAUGUGGUGCCCAAAGACGUCAACUCCGCCAUUGCCGCCAUCAAGACCAAACGCACCAUCCAGUUUGUGGACUGGUGUCCCACAGGCUUCAAGGUGGGCAUCAACUACCAGCCUCCAACAGUGGUUCCUGGGGGCGAUCUGGCCAAAGUGCAGAGGGCUGUGUGCAUGCUGAGCAACACCACAGCCAUCGCAGAGGCCUGGGCCCGUUUGGAUCACAAGUUUGACCUAAUGUACGCCAAGAGGGCCUUUGUGCACUGGUAUGUAGGGGAGGGAAUGGAGGAGGGAGAGUUCUCCGAGGCCAGAGAGGACAUGGCUGCCCUGGAGAAGGAUUAUGAAGAAGUCGGUACUGACAGCAUUGGGGAGGAUGAAGAAGAGGGAGAGGAGUAUUGAUCUGUUAAAUCACCCAAGCUUUGCUCUCUCACAUCCCAGAAGUUUUCAGUGAUGUUGCAGAUUCCCAACAUGCGAUGACCUGUGGUGGUGACUUGUCAGUAUUAAUAAAAGAUCUCAAACAGU